CCUCUCCUCCUAUCCAUCAACUGCAUUACAUAGUAGUUCACUUAUCAUCUUUCCUGGUCCGACUUUUUUCCUUGGACGACCGCCUUCUACCCCCCCUACUCUUUCUGCCUUGUGGGAACUUUCCUCCUUUCCUCCUUUCCGUUCUUCUUCCCGACCAUCUCCGUCGUUUGUUUAUCCCACCACUUCUAUUCUCACCGUCACCAUGGGUCAGCACUCCGCUAUCUGGCAAGGCUAUGUCGAUUCCAGCUUGAUGGGAUCCGGCCAAUUCGACAAGGCUGCCAUCCUCGCCUAUGACUUCUCCGAUGUUGAGGCUUCGUCCCCCGGCUUCACGAUCGCUCCCCAGGAGCUGACCGGUCUCGCCGCCAUCUUCAAGGACCCCAGCAGCGCCUUCGCCAACGGUAUCAUCGUCGGAGGAGAGAAGUUCGUUACCAUCAAGGCUGACGAGCGCAGCGUGUACGGCAAGAAGGGCAAGGAGGGUAUCGUCAUCGUCAAGGCCAACUCCUGCGUCUUCGUCGCCCACCACGGCGAGGCCGUCCAGACCACCAACGCCGCCACCGUCGUCGAGAACCUCGCUGACUACAUCAACAACCCCCGGUAGAUGGGCCGGUGUAUACACCUAACCAAAAAGUCUGUCGUUGGGGGCGGGGGUGACAAGUCAAGGGGGAGCAGUGGUAAUACUCUGAAUGUAGAACACGGUGGUCUCCUUCUCGAUUUUGUCUGUUCUUAAUUUUCUCCUUUGUUAUCUUUCUCCUGUUGUUAUAUGAUAUCAGCUACAACGCGUAGAUAUGUGCAAAUAUGUGCCACCUUUUCAUUCUCCUGAGAUGAUUCUUGUCUAGAUGGAUGAUGC